ACUGGGACACUAGAUUUAGCUCAUCACGAUGAGCGAAUGUUGGGACUCCAUUUACUUCAAUUUCCUGAGGUUGUUGAAGAAGCUUGUACGAAUCUUCUACCAAAUUUAUUGUGUGAGUAUCUCUAUAACUUAUCCGAGGAUUUCACAAGAUUCUACACAAACUGUCAGGUGGUUGGCUCGGCCCAGGAAACAAGUAGGCUCUUGCUUUGUGAAGCAACCACAGUUGUGAUGAGGAAGUGCUUCCACUUAUUGGGUAUCAACCCAGUUUAUAAAAUCUGAUGACCUAUUUAUACUCACCCUCUUGAUACUUUUAAUGAUAUUGAUUUGUUAUUUCCUGGCAUGUAUUUAAACCAGGAAAUAUCCUUGCUUUAUCCAA